GUGAGGGUUAUUGUCUUGUUAUUUGGUCUGGGAUUAGACUCUGGGUUAGGGUUAGAUUAUCAGUCAGGACUGGAGAGACAGAGGUUAGUAUUAUGGGAUAUACGGCUGUGUUUGUACGACACCAAAACCACUGUUAGAGUUAACUACGUUUCCUGGUUAACUGACGUUAUAUUUCCUGUUGUGUCAGAAACGCAAAAGAAAAACAUCCUGGUCACGUGAUCAGUUUCCUCAUCAGGUGCUUCGUUACCAUGGUUACCGACAUGGUUACUAGUCUACAUCAGUAACAGGGACUAGAGGUGGGAAUCUACCUCACGAUAACAAUGAAACCCAUGUAUGAGUCAACACAUUUUAUUAGUUUGAGAACAUCAUAAAAUAAUAAUCUCAAUUCCCUUCAAGAGAUUAGAAAAAUAACAUUUUUAUUUUAGAACAAUAUCACAUUCAGUGACGACGAUGCACAGACGACUGAGGAGGCAACGUCAGUUCUUCGUCGGGACAUCAUUUUAUGACACAUCAAAGACUAACUCUGUGUCAGUGUUAUUUUAUGUUUACUUUAUAUACAAAAACAGAAUUCAACCCCUCACUCCCCCAUUUGACCUCCGGUAUAAAGGAUUUAAAAAGAUUUAAAACGUUUGAAAAGUCUUAAAGACGAUAAACUAUAAACUCUUUAUAAAAGAAACUCGCUGUGAUUCAAGGUAAACAGACAUUGUGCGCCUCCCUGCGCAUUUUCUUAAUAUUGACCAUUGUUAUAUCCCUGUGUCUUUUGUCUUCCCUCAUACGUUUACAUUAGCCCCGGAAGUGACGGCACAAGUAGCGGAAAUGGACAGCAGCGUUAUCCGUCGGAAUUUUAAAUGAGUAUUUAACUUUGUUUUUAUAUUAAUUUUAUUUUACCAUCAUGGUAAACCUACAGAAAAGGUCAGACUACGACAACAUUCGGACUUGUGAGCAGGUUCGGUGUUUGUUCUGCUGGUGGACGCUCGCUGUUCUCAUCGUUAGCCAUUAGCUCUGUUAUCUGUUUUAAAUACAGUUCUUAUUCAAGAAGACACGCUGCAUUUGUAAGAGCAAAUGUAAAAACAGAUAAAGUCUUCGUGUGGAGUUUUUUGUAAAGUUCCACCUCCAGCAAACGUCUCUAGGAAACCGUUCCAGUGACGCUUUUACCAAAGUAGCAGUGUCCAAUCAGAAGACUGAUGUCAUCUGUGAAGGAGCGUUACCGUGACAUCAACCCAGUUACCCUGCAGCUGGAGGGCGGGACUGUGAGUUCCAGUCUGUUCUGUGAGGAGGCAGAUGGCCUCAUGGAAGGGGCGGGGCCACUGGUGGAAUGUUUUUUGGUGGAACUGUUCCGCUGUAAACUCUGUCAGUUUACCUGUGGAGUCAGGAGUGUCAUCAGAAGUCACCUGCUGCUCAGACACCGAGCCUCCACUCUGGCCUUUGUGGGUGUAGCUGAGGAGGAUGGCAGGGCGGAGUGUGCGGACGAGGGGUCGUCACCUUAUCGGCUGGGUCUGACUGCAGAGGCAAAAGUGUGCGAUGAGGAUGAGGACUUUCUUUUGUACAACAUGCUUGACAACAUGAGCCCUCCCCCCUGUGACAUCAGUGUGGAGACGGGGGACAACUGUGUGGUCGGAACGCUGUUUGAGGAGGACGAGUCCAUAUUCCGCAUGAAAGAACCAUCAGUGGAUUUCUCUGCACACUCUCCUUCAGAGCAGGAGCAGAGGGCUCAGUCCGCCCACCUCAUGACUCUGGGACUGUGUCGCAUUACCACGACCAGGCCUGCUCCCCCGGUCCGGUCAUCCACCUCCAUCAGAACCACACCCUUCCAACCUCCACAGUCUGGGCUCUUGUCACAGCAAAGGUGCCACUCUGGUGAUGGAGAAACAGAAGCCCCGCCCUCAGGGAGACUUAGGUUGCCGUGUUUUCUAUGUCCCACAACCCUGACGUCACGCCGUCUGCUGGACGUUCAUGUUAGGUCACACGCAGCUGAUGGCGGCUUCUGCUGCGUCCAGUGCAGCUGGACUACUCACAGCUGGGCGGAGCUACUACCUCACUGGAGGAGUCACUGCAGGAGGAGAAGGCAAAAGAGGAGGAAGGAGCCAGGCUUCAAGAGUUCAGAGGUGCAAAUCACUGAAGGUCAGGAUGUCUUUUCACUCAGUAACCAACAACCAACAGCUGCUGACCAACCAGAGAGCAGCCUCAGAGUUGUUGGCCAAUCACACCCCAGCAUGAGAGUCAGCCAAACUCAGAGGAGCAGGGAGAAGAAACAAAAGCUGGUGGAGGAUGUGGGGGCGCAGCAAACUUCUCUGUGCUGCUCACUGUGUCACAGGGGCUUCUCCAGUCCGCUGACCCUGCGGCGUCACAUGGGCGUCCACGGUGGAGAGAAAGUGUUUUCUUGUUCACACUGUAGUUACAGUAGCAGACUGAAGGGGUCGCUGCAGCAGCACCUGAGGACACACACAGGUGAGAAACCACACACGUGCACUCUCUGCUCCUACGCCUCAAUCGACCGCAGUUCUCUAAUCAGACACCAGAGGAUGCACAAUCAAGAAAAACCACACAGAUGUGAACAAUGCCAAUACAGCAGCAUCCAGAAGAAGAGUCUUGAACUUCAUGUCCGUCGCCAUCACUCAGCUCUGCUGUUCGGCUGUUCUGCUGUUGUGGACGAACUUAAUGACUCUUUCCUACUGACGAGGAGAAGUGAUGACGUCUGGAUCAUCCAGUUCUACGCCCCCUGGUGUUCACUUUGUAAACAGCUGGACCCAAUUUGGCGUCAGGUGGCAUCAGAACUCAAGAGCCUGGGUUCCCCUGUUAAUGUUGGCCAAUCAGAUGCCACCGUCAACACAGCAUUGUCCAGAGAGUUCCGGGUUAGAGGUUAUCCAGCCAUCAUAAUGUGGAAAAAAAACAUGAAAUAUAAUUAUUCUGGAGCAAAAACCCGAGAUGGAAUCAUGACCUGGACCCUGAGAGUGUCAGGACCGACUGUGCGUUCUCUCCUUACUCCACAGAUAUUUCAACUCAGCAGAGAACGACACCAGGUCAUGUUUGUUUAUGUUGGAACCACAUCAGAGCUAAGGGGAAACUUCACAUCUGUUGCCGAGGAGAUGAUUGUCCACACACACUUCUUCUCUGCUAUCAAAGAUGUUCUUCCUAAGGACGUGUCUCUAUCGUCUUUACCAACAGUGGUGCUGUUUAAAGACGGGACAUACGAGGCCUAUUCAGCAGAGGAAGUGGGCGGAGACCUGAGGAGGUGGGUUAACAAGGAGCGAUUCCCCUUGUUUGCUCACAUUGACAGCUUCACACUCUAUGCCAUGGGGGACUCAGGUAAGCUGGUGGUGUUAGCACUGGUGGCUGAGAGAGGCAGGAAUCAGAGAGAGAGUGAACGGUUUAAAUGUCUGCUGGAGAGAGUGGCUACGGAGCGACGACACCUUUACAAGAGAAUCUUCUACUUUGGUUACAUGAAUCAAAUGGAUUAUAUCAAAGGGUUAAUGAUGAGUGAUGUCAUUAUUCCAUCCUUUGUGGUGGUCAAUCUGACCAAUGAUGGCUACUUCCUCCCUGAUACGCCUGUGGAGGCGGAGCUUCAGUUGGUUGGCUUUUUGGAGGGCAUUAUCAAUGGAAGUGUCCAAUCUCAGGGAGGAAACAGCGUUUUCCAGCGAAUCAGACGCCUCGUUUAUGAAGUUAACGUUACAUUAACGCUGUUGUUCCCUCAUGGUCCGUUGCUUGGUUGCUUCCUUGUCUCCAUCCUGUCUAUCAUUAUGGCCGUUCUCUACUUCCUGUGCUGUAAGGCCCGCCGCUCUCUCCCUUAUGAGGGCGACGAUGUCACAGAGCGAAAGAAACUGAUGAACAAGAAGUCAGACUGAAGAGAAUAGGUCACGUGACCUUAGACAGCCUGUGCUCCUUCUUCUUCUUCUCUGAAUAACACUCUUAUUCAGACUCUCGAGUAUGCCUCUAAUCCACAUUAACUCCAGUCUAUCACAUCACUCUCACAGUAAAGUAACAUAAAUAAAUCUGCAUUUUUGUGUUGAUG